AUGUCUGCAGCGAGGAGACUCAGCUGCUUUGUCCAGCAGAAGAUGGUACACAUCCACGCCACAAAUCAUAUGCAUGUGACUCAUGUAGUACUUGUGCAGGAGGCGGAUCUGCUCAGGCUCGAGCAGACAUCGGAGCAUUCUGUAAGCCAUCUCCCUCCUCUGACAACCUUUCACGAUCUCAUGUAUCCUUGCAUGUAUUUGUCUGCGCCCGCAGGAAGAGAUCCCUGAUGCUCUCGAUGAUGCAACGCCCCAAGCGGCCGCCAUCGACAAAGAACAAGAGCAACACGAGAUCAUAGGCGACGGGCCGCUGUCGAGGAAGAGUGAACGCAUCUUUGGCGCUGCCCGCUCUAGUGCCCGUUCCUCCGCCAUCAGCCUUGACUGGCUCAGGACCUCUCGGGGCUUCGGCAGUCUCUUGCGCUUCACUGACCUUAGAGGGAUCCGCCGCGAUGACACUGUGAGAAGCAGCAUCUCAGAAGCGACCGGCCGGAGCCAAUCAGCCAGUGAUUGUGUCGCGGAGCUGCAGUCGUGUACCUUCUCGCAUAUCGUCACGCCCGCCCUCAUUUGCAGCUGGUUCUUCCUCUGUGCGGGCAUCCUUUCGUCACUGUGCCAAGCCGUUGCUGAGCAGCUGGACGAGAAUCUGCCGCCGCUAUAUGACGGGGAUGGCCUGUUUCACGACACUGAUAUGCAGGUAAGCAACCAAGCAACCAGGCGUUGUCUUUCUCUGUGUACACAACUCCAUCAUUCACUUCCAUCUAUUCGUGCAGCAAUACCUCAGAGAGCACUACAAUAGCGCCCUGAACUACAAGUACCAGUGAGACGGUACGAUGGAUAGAUCUUACGAAUGUCUGCGUCGUCAGAUGGUCACAGCCUGGCGCGGGCAGGGCUUUCCGAACGACGAUCUGGACACUGCUGGCAUGCGCUUUCAUCCAUACCUUCGUCUCAAAGUCUCUCUUCUGGCGCAUGGUGAUCCGGAGAGCGGUCGCGAAGCGCAUCAAGACCUACAAGCUCAACAGGCAGUGGCGGUCUCUGAUUCGGUUGCACAACAGAUACCGAUCGCACAGCGAGAUCAACAAUGACACGACGCCGACGUCAUCAGCACACGACUUCCAAAUCAAUCGCAUGCGCCGGCUAAAGUGGCAUUUUGAUAUCUUCUGGUUCACGUUUAAGCGAGCAGAAACGAGAGACUGCCUGCACUCGUCAAUGCAUGAUCGCCCUCGUGUUGUGUCAGAAUGCUCGGCCAAACAGGGAAACUGUUUUUCCACAUAUAUUUCCUGAAUGGUACGCCUCGAGGACGCGACACGCCUUUUCAGCUUGCUGAUUGGCUGUUGCCUGGAUGCAUGUGUGCAGAAGUGUUCAUUCUGGUGCUUCAGCUGUAUAAGUGCCUGCUCCUGGGUGGCUAUGACGCCGUCUACCGUGACGAGGUCCCAGCUGGUAGGUGAGACACGAACGUCAGACCACACACAAGGUGAGGAGGUCGUCCACUGGGCGCACACAGGUAAUUGGUUCGCCCAGUCGUCGCUGUCCUUCAUGAUCGCUCUGCACUCCGCGGUUGCUGCGGUCAUCUUGGCGCUAAGGCGCCGGGUCAUCGCCACUCUCAGCUCGAUGUGUUUCAGCCUCGUCUACACGAUUCACGCGGUCGCCAUCGACGCCAUCCCCGCCGACGUCAGCCGCCACUUCACUAGUGGAGGCUCCUGGGGCAGCAUCCUGCACAUGAAGACUGAGGGAUCAUUCCUGCUGCUGCUUGUGACUUUCAUGCCAUUAUUCUCCGUCUGGUGGAAAUUAGGAAAACUGUGCUCAAUCCUCACGGUGCGUGCCUUUUUGGUUUUCCGCAAUCAGAAGAGAAAGCAGCAUCGGAGGCGCGAGAGCAUCUUUCUGACGAGUGUGGCCGACACGAUCGAGUUGAUGAGGUUGCGCAGACCGACUAUGCACCAAUUUCUCUCCAAGUGGAUCUGCUGCUGCGGGAGGCGAAAGCAGCUGACGGCGGUAGACAACGACCGGCCGCUAAGCUCAGUCGUGGCGAUAGUGGAGACCGCCACUGUCUCAACGUCCGAGACGAAGAAGGGCGUCAUGUUCAUCGAAGACCAGCAACAAUCAGCACAGAGACCCCUUGUCAAACGCGACAUCUCGGCGCCGGCGACGCUGGCCGUCAGAACUGAUGAUGGUGUCCUUCCCGCUGCUUGCGGUGCCCGCCACCACCAAAGGAGCAUAUCCUGCCCUCAGCUGACGAAUCUGAUCGUUGAAAAGCGGAGACACAGACUGUCGGUGUCGCCUGAGGCACUGAGGCGGUCAAGCGACACGGCAGUCGCCUUCAAGACACACGGGGUGGAGUCCAAAGGAGGUGCGCUGGACGGUGAAAAGCCUAUUCCUGCGUCUCCGGAGAACGCCAAUGAAGAUGACAGGUAGAUAUGCAGUUAGCUGGCUGGCCAGAGCGGACUGUAGGGCCUCUUUCGUGUGCGUGCAGUAGAGGAGAACCAUCAUUCUUCAUGAAGGGCACUCGUGCGCUGAGUCUUUUGAUGUCUUUUGCGUCAAUGUCUUUUGCGAAGAGCCCAUCCGGCCUGCGAGGCAGUGAGCGGAUCCGCUGGUGAGUAAAGAGGCUACCCCCAGUGAAAAAGGCGUCAUGCAUGCGUUUCUCCCCCCAUAUGUAGGUACGAGAGGUUUGUCCUGUUUCCGCUGUUGUGCGCAUGGUCUCUCCUCAUAUGGUCUCUCUUCAUUUAUAUCGUCAUCCAAAUGAGUAGGGCCUCAUCAGUGUGUGGGUCUCUCCCCGGUGCGAGACAUUGCAUCGUGCGCACGUACCCACCGCUGGGCAGCAGACGCAUCGCUCCCGACAAAGCCUCGCUUCCCACGCCAUGCAACUGGUGAGUCAGACCGACAUUCAAUCACAUACUCAUGUGAUCGAUGGAGAUGUGUGUUCUUGGUCUGGUCUGUUUGCACAGUCGAUAUUAUUCGGGGGACAGACGCACGGAGACUAAAUUUUCCAUCAAUGAUUACUGGGAAGGGUUCGACUUCUAUUCCACACUGCAGGUAUCACACCAUUAUGUGCUCUCGAUCGCUCACACACAAAUAGGCACUGAUAUAUUCCUGCAGGGAGCCGAUUUGACAUACAGCCGUCCUGCCGGAAUGUCGCAAGGAAUAUCGGCGUUUGUCGACGAGAUCAAAGCAACUCAGGAGCAGCUCAAAGGGAUACCCGUCUCUGUCGGCUGA